CCGGCUCCCGCCGGGCGGCAGCAUGCGGAGCGGUGAGGAGCUGGACGGCUUCGAGGGCGAGGCCUCGAGCACCUCCAUGAUCUCGGGCGCCAGCAGCCCGUACCAGCCCACCACCGAGCCGGUGAGCCAGCGCCGCGGGCUGGCCGGCCUGCGCUGCGACCCCGACUACCUGCGCGGCGCGCUCGGCUGCUUCAAGGUCGCCCAAGUGAUUUUGGCCCUGAUUGCGUUCAUCUGCAUAGAGACCAUCAUGGAGUGCUCCCCGUGUGAAGGCCUCUACUUUUUUGAGUUUGUGAGCUGUAGCGCGUUUGUGGUGACUGGAGUCUUGCUGAUUUUGUUCAGUCUGAACCUUCACAUGAGGAUCCCCCAGAUCAACUGGAACCUGACAGAUUUGGUCAACACUGGACUCAGCACUUUCUUUUUCUUUAUUGCUUCGAUUGUACUGGCUGCUUUAAACCACAAAACCGGAGCAGAAAUUGCUGCCGUGAUAUUUGGCUUCUUGGCAACUGCGGUGUAUGCGGUGAACACAUUCCUGGCAGUGCAGAAGUGGAGAGUCAGUGUCCGCCAGCAGAGUGCCAGUGACUACAUCCGAGCCCGCACAGAGUCCAGAGAUGUGGACGGUCGCCCCGAGAUCCAGCGCCUGGACACAUGAGCCCACUUGCCACAGCCCUCCUCCUUCCCAUCCUCAUGCCCAUCCUUUCCACCAACUUUUCUUUCCCUCGUCAUGUCAGAUUUUCCUGUGAUUAAGUUGAAUUUCGUCCUCUUCGGUAAAAGUUCAUUCUGGGAAAGGGUUUUCCGAGUGGCCCUGUUGGCGGGUCUGUGAGGCAGGGAGGCCUGGUAGCCAGCUUGUUGAGACAGAGGCCGGCGGGAGGGGCCCGCAGCUUCUGCAGCACCUGGUGGCCAUGGGAGCUGCCGGCUUCACUGGCUGCCACGGCUCCUCCAGGUCUUCACUGUCCCCAAGCACAGGCUUCACAUCAGACUCUGAGCCCCCCGUCAUACGUUUUUGUGACAAGUCAAGACUUUGGAUUAAUGGGAGCUGCUAGGAGGGGUAAAAAAUCAAGGAAUGAAGGUGCAGGGUUCAAGAGUUAGCAGCAGUCGCUGGGCAGGCCCCUCGCGGGCCCCAGGGCAGCGUGUAGUCCUGCCGUCUGGACCUUCCCCUGCUCCUCGUCUUCCAUCCCUGGGCCACCGAGACAGCCAGCUCAGGCCCGGAGCGCCUCGGGAGAUGCUGAGGGGUUGGCCACGGGUGUGCUGCUGGAGCUGUUUACCGGGUCUGGACUCUGUGGGGAUGGGAAGAGCUGCUGUCCUCUUGGCACAGCGCGGCAGGCCUGCUGCCGUGUGGGAAGGUCGCCCUUCGUUUCCUGCCCUGCUGAGAAAUCACUCGAUGGCUCCUGCAGUGUGUCACCUCCCCAAAUCCACGUCCUCCUCCAGGAAUACGGGACCAGCUUGUUUUCCAGUUUCCUACCCACCCUUACUCCUUGGAGGCUGAGUUGCGGACUUCCUGCAAUUUGACCUUCUCAGGUGAAAGUCACACACACAAAAUAUAAUCCAUUCCAAUAAGCCAGAAUGCUUGCCCCUUUGCUGGCUUCAUGGGCCACAGGUGGGGACACACCUCUGUUGCAGGGACCUGUGCUACUUCAUGAAUGACUGAGGGCAGCUGUAAAGUGAUUCUGAGUAGGUUUGUCUAGGGUUUGAAAAUACUUGAAUUUCCACCACGACAUGUGCUUUCACUGAUGUUUCGGGAGGCGCAGGUGUAGCUUUUGUGCCUCAGGCUCCUAACCAUGAACACUGAUCUGGGAAGUUGUUGGGGAAAAUUCCAGUUCUGUCGGGUUUCGAAUGGAUUCUUGAGAAAGUGAAGGUUAUGUGGUGAACGUGUUCAGUGAGCCCCUCUGAUGCUGUAGUGUUUUUUUGUUCUUUGUAUUUUUCCUGUUGGAGACGAAUUGUAUCUUUCACGGAAAAAUUGUUUUACCUUGUUGGGUUUUCCCCCUCUGAGCUGUUGUUAAUGUUUACAAACCUCCUUCUCGCUCUACUCUUCUGCGUGCAGCUGUCCCCCUGGGAGGAGACCCGUCCUGCUGAGGGGACAAGUGUGCAGCCCGGGGACAGCCCCCGGGACCUCAGCUAGCAGUGACCGAUGGCAGCCGUGGCUGGCCGCCGUGUAAUGGGAGGUGUGAACGCGAGCGUGUCGGGCGGUGGGGAGCACCGUGUGCGUGAGAAAGCCUCCAGCCCUGUGCGUGUGGUGUCGCCUGCUUUGUGGAAGAGAGCAUCUGAUUUCCCAGCGCAGGUCCCACUGCUAGGCCGGCGAUUCCAUGUCUGAAGGGUCGGGGCGAUGGGUUAGCCCCCUGGACCAACCAUCGGUACGAUCCGAAUUCUGCUGUGGUUCCUGUCCAGGGCAGCAGCCCGGGUCACACGUGGGAGCUCCUUGUCUGAGUCUGGGGUGGCGGUCUACCCGUGCUGACCCCCUGCUCCCACGCGGGUCCCAUCGAGCCCCCUGCCCGUGUGUGUUGUGAGGCAGUACAAAUCAUGGGUCACAGACUUUGAACUUGGUAGAUGUAGUGACUUGGGAGGAGAUUAUGACAUCUGGAUUUUAUCUCUUCAUUUUGUGUAUUUAUUUUGCAUUUGUUGAGUGUGUCUGCAUCGUCAAAAAUGGGCUUAUCUCCCUCUGAGAGUUCCAGUUAGACACAGGGUCACAGAGACUCAGCCUUGCAUUCAGCGGGGCCCGCUUGGAAGGACCACCCUGAACCUUAUCAGAAAUCUGCUGGGAAUCAUGUUACUUGGCCUCAAUAAAAAGCCGCCUUUGAAGUGAGAUCGGAAAAAAAGAAUACCACUCAGGCAGGAUCGUUGCCCAAGUUUUCCCAAGUCACUGCAAUAAAACCAGUUUAUCAUCUGGUGAAAAAGGGCCUAUUGGUCUCCUGAGGAUGUGUUGAAAGCUGCAAGAAAUGGUUCUGAAGCCCAUCGAAACUGUAAAUGCUUACAGGUGAUAAAAAGUGAUGGCACCUUGUGCCACAGAGGGACCUGGAGUCAGUUUGUGUCGUAUUGUUAGAAUCUUUGGAAUUAUUUAUGUCCCUGUAACUAUUUAAUAUCCUUUGUGCCGUGAGGCUCCCCCGUGGUUUUUGUAAAUAUAUUUCUUUGUAUUUAAUUAGCUCCCAGUACAACCAGCAGCAGCCAGCCCCGCUCUCUAGUUCUCUAACCCGUGUGACACGGGGACACAGACCAUCGCGCACGGCGGUGUGGCGGUGAGCGCUCAUGGAGGGAAUUUGGCUGUCUAGGGCGAGUGUGAUGACGCUUGCAUUUUCCUUGUGUUGCCUCUGUGUACAAAUAAGACAAUCUAGAUUUAGGGGGCACUUAACAGGACUUUUUUUUUUUUUGGAAAUUGAAGGAAGCCUUUUUGUGCAUUUAAUAGUUCCAGUGUGGACCACAUCCAUUUGGUUUGGGACAUUUUAAGGCUGAGGCCAUCUUGGUGUUUCUCAGUUUUCUGGUAGGAUGAUGCUUUCAGAGUGGGUGCCAAACUUGAUGGGAACUGCAGUUGCUGUGUAAAUUGGACUUUGUUCCUGGAGACGAGACGGUAUGGUUGAAAUCCGCAAGCAUUUGGUGGGACCUCUGGUGGUUUUAGAUGGAUGCAAACACUGACGUCUUCAGAGAAAGUUGAUCUUGGCACUGAUUUGGUUGAUGUGGUAUUUUUUCCCUCUGAUUCUCCUGUAUCCUCCUCUCUCACUGCUGAAGGCAUGGAGGGAGAGGUCUUUCCCUUGCAAACAGACGGAUGACAGUCACGGAGGCCUAAAGAUACUUUUUGGCCUCACAGACAGCCAGGGAAGGACGAAGGCAGUCACAGAUUAAAAUCUCACAGAAGUGUGAUUUAAAGUAUUUUAUUUUAGAUUUUUUUUUUUUUUUUUUUUUACUUUGGUGCAGCAGCACUUGUCCAAGAGAGAUUACGUUUGCCUAGCAAAAGGCAGGGAUAGAGUAGCCUGUCCAGUCCCAAUGCCUUGUCUUCCUCGGCAAGCCGAGCUGAAGUGUCCAGUGUGGGCAGAGGCCAGCCUAGCCACACCCAAGCCAGUGGGGACCCAGCCCGGCUCUGCAGGCUUGGCUCUGGGAGGCAGUCUGCACCCCCAGCCCUCAGGGCACUGUGACAGUCCCCUGGCAGGGAGGCUGUUGCCUGUGGGUAGGCGUGAAGUAGGUCUGAUGUGUUGGAUGCUUCUGGUGAGAGCUUCUGACUCUGUUGAAAACAUGUCUACUCUUAAAAUUUGCAGUUUCAUCUGCCUUUCUGUGAUGCUUUCUUAGUGAUUCAGGCUUCAGUUAAGCCACAGGCAGUCUCUUGGGGAGAGGAGGCACUAACUCUUUGCACACGUCUGUGAAUUCUUGCUUGCAACGAGUAAGUCUGGAAUAAUGCCUCCGUGUGUCAUGGCCUAUGUGUGGGCCCAGCUCACCUUCUCAUGGAGACACUCUUGUGCUGUUUGGGAAGAAAUUCCUCACCCCUCCAUGUGUUUAAGAGGUGGACCCCGUUCUAAUCUCUGGCUGUGCAGGAUUUUCUGUGAGUUCUCAGAACUGGCCCUAACAAACGAAUAGCAUGUGGAGGCAAUGUGUGGCCAGUUUAGUGAUUCUGGAAGGCAGUAAUGAUUUAUGUAGUCCCCAUUGUGCCUCCGUGUUGAAAACCAAGCAACCAUGAAGUCAUCUUGCCACUUGUCAUUUUCUCCAUAUCUUGUUUAUAAGAAAAUAAUGACAUUAACCAGGUAGCAAAAGGCAAAAAAAGAAAAAAAAAAAUCCCUUUCCUGGCUGAAGGCUACUGCCAAUUGAUUCUAGCAAAAAUAAAAAGUUGCUUCUUGCCCCAGAGACUGCCAUGAGCUUGUGAGGUCCCCAAACGCUUUUUUAGUUCCUAGUGAACUUUGCAGAACCUAGGGGUUCUGUCUUCGAGUCUUUCUUUCACCACCCACUCUGAGGAUCAGCCAGGCGACAGGCUGGAGAGGUGGGAUGGCAGGGGCAGGGCUGGGAGGUCAGAGGAGGGAGUGGCUCAGCACACCCAGACUGUGUCUCUGGGGGACCCUUCACCACAUCACACAUGGUGACCGACCCAGGCCAUUUUGAAAAAAUGUACUUGGUGAACUACCUUCCUAUCCUUUUGCUUUGGAAAAAAUGAGGUCUUGUGUUCAGAAUCAGCCUGAGAGCAAAAGCUGAAUGUCGGGACAGUCUGUCUUGGUGCUCUGGAUGGGCUCUCGGUGUCUCCUUGAGUCUGGACAGGGUGACUCAGAUUCUGGUUUGGGUCCCUAGAGAGGAUACAGGUCUAACGCUGCCUGUCUUGAGCUUUGUAAACCUUCCUGGCUUUUUAUAAAACUUGUGUUUCCUCUCAGCAGAUAUUAUUGAGAUCAUAAGAACUGUCUGGUUGAAAAGGUGAUUUGAAAUAUUUGACCCUGUACAUUGCUUUUAUUUGAAACCAUCUCUGACAGAAAACACCCCCUCAAUAUCUGUUAGAUCUGGAAUUUUCUUCUGAAAAUGAAUUUUUCUGGUGGACUUUUCCUUACACCAGUAAAUGGCAUUUAUACACUCUACGCUUGAAACAGAGGAAUGGGUCCUGAUGUGUUUUCCCUUCUUUGGUCUAGAUUACAUUUUUAUUCCAUUUGGAUGUCAUUUCUCAACCUUGGGGAUUUUUCCCCCCUUUUAUAGUUUUUCUUAUUCCAUAAACAGUAAAGAAAAAAGUUACCUAUAAGCCCACUGAUCGUGAAUCAAUGGCAACUUGCCUAGAGUAAAAUUUAGAUUAUGGGCCCUUUAAUAGUGCAUCUUUUUCAUAGGGUUAGUUUGUUGUCUACAUUUUUUUUUUUUAAGAUUUUAUUUUUAUUUAUUCGACAGAGAGAGAGACAGCCAGCAAGAGAGGGAAAACAAGCAGGGGGAGUGGGAGAGGAAGAAGCAGGCUCAUAGCAGAAGAGCCUGAUGUGGGGCUCGAUCCCAUAACGUUGGGAUCACGCCCUGAGCUGAAGGCAGAGGCUUAACCGCUGUGCCACCCAGGCGCCCCUGUUGUCUACAUUUUUAUGCCAAGACUUUAAUUCAGGUGACUGACUUAUUAGACACCUGGGAGUGGCAUGUUUUCUUUGGGAUGUAUUGUACAGAAAGGCCGAAGAGCCUUCAUUAAGGGGUUAAUAGCCUGGACUGUAGUGAGCUAUCCGAACUUUCAUGGUUCUAAUGGAACUUGUCUCAAAUGACCUUAAUCAGCUUUGUUGAUGGGAUUAGGGCGAGGCCCAGAGCUUCUUUUCCUAAUUGUGCCUCAGAGGAAAGAAGGUGUGACACAGCUGAUUCAGGGCAUGGUUUGUGUGCGACUCGGUGGUAGUCUGAACCUGUCAAAUCUAAGCCGUCUUCGGAGGACACUGCUAAACCCCAGUAGGAAGCACCCCAUUUUACCAGGAAAUGAGGACAGUGUGGGGGGCCUGGUACCCAUGCCAGGUGGGGCAGGUCUAACUGAUGGCCGCCUCCCUCUGUGGGCCAUUUUGCUUUCCUGCCUUUUCCAGAAUCAGUUUUUCCAAGUUUUGAGACUCUGUUUGCCUCUCUGCAGAAGCGAGGAAGGCAAAUCAUCAGGGCUUGAAGGGAGAACUGGCUGAUCCAAGGGCUGGGGGAGGACCUGCUCCCCCAGGGGGAGGAUGAGGGUAGGAGGCUUGGAUGGACCGCCAAGCCAGCCCAGACCCACACAGGGGCUGUCUGCUUCCAGUGCUUUUACUCUGUAACCCAUUUAAAAAAUGAGUUUUCCAAUCCUGCCUCAUGAUGAAACUGAUGUAGUGGAUAAAACCAGUGCUUUUAAUAACUUGAUUUUGAUGGGGUUCCCUCAGAGAGAAUGUAGGGAUCGAAACUAUUUGUAUAUGUUGAAAUUUGUAGGGGUUCAGGAACCCGUGGCAAAAACACUUAACUAUUUAUUACAGGUAUGACUGUAUGUUUUAUUUUUCCCCCCAAAGUAGGUAAUUCUGUCUUUGUAUAUUUUAAGACAAAUAAUAAUCGCUUCACCUUCGGUGCCUUCCGUGUGUCAGUCACAUAAACACUUGUCAAUCAUGGAAUUGAAAAGAUGUACAUUUAGUUAAACCAGAUGACACUAUUUUUGUAGCAUGAUUUUAGAUUGUGUCCUUUUAAUAUUGCUUUUAGCAAUGAUGGUUUUGAGGUUUGGCCAUUAUCCCUUUAAACUUUGUUAUGUAUUUUAAAAAAGAAAAAAAAAAACCCACCUUGGCUAUUCCUGUCUUCUCUCUGCUGCUUUCUCCCCAACGACUUGUUUCUGCUUAUUUCAACAGUCUGAGAGUAAGAGUAUAUUUCUGUGAAAUAAUUAUUAAUCAGUAUAACUGCGAUUGGCAUUUUAAAACCACUUGUUCGGUUGGAGAGAGCCACUGCUCACCUCAGACCGAAAGAGGAAAGUGGUUUCAUAGAAGAAUAGAUACCUGCGGCGCUCUGACUUUCUUUCCCCUUUGGGUCUGAACGACGAAGAGCCCCGUUGUUGCAGGCUGGUGAGGCCGAGCGCCUUCUCCGGCCUGGUGUCUCCCAGGACCAGCGUAGGCCACCCCUCCCGCUCUGCUGCCGGCUUCCCUCUGCCCUUGGGAGACGUGCUGCCCGGGCGGCCUCGGCCGGCUGGCCUCCUCCUCGGACCCUCAUGUUGGUUUAUGGAUGCGCGGGGUGGGCUGGCUGGCCCUUUCUGGUUUUCUGCCUGGACACAUUAUAGAUGCCCUGCUGUGAGGAGCUUGAUGAAAUCGAGACUCGGCUAACACCCUAGCUGCUCCUUGGGCUUUCCCACCCCUGUGGGACGUGAGUUCUGUCUGGUCAAGAAGAAUCUCGAGUAAACUAGCUGAGCCGUUGCAACAUGAAGGAAUGGAUUUAUUGAAACAUAAGAUUGUACCUUCUUUUUUGUCCUUUUGAAGGGUCAGAAUAUGUAAUUAUUUUAACAAAGGAAGUCAAGUCAGAUGGCUAAUAACUCCAAUAUGAUUAUUCAUUGGUACUUGGCCCAGUGGCACUUUGGGGGGCAAUGUUAAUUUAAUAACUAUUACAUUUUACUUCUUAAAAGUCUAUUUCCUUUACUAGCUUGGACACAGCUGUGGGGCAUUCUGAGGUGAUGCCCAUUGGGCACACAUUGGUUUAUGCUGUUGGUGGGUCUCCUGGCUUCUCAAACCCUGGCUCGUGGGUUUGACUCUAUUCACUUGGAGUGGUUUUGGGGCCCCAAAGCCUUUGCUCCUGGUUGUUUGUCCCUGACAGCAGACAGAGCCUCACAUUGCCCUCAAUUUUGCCCCUUUAUUUCUUUUGAAGGACCUGUUUUUCAUGGUACUUGUCCUGAUUGUUUUCAUAGUGUUCAAAUCUGUAUUUUUGUAUGUAGAGGGAAAUAAUUUUCUCAACACUAAUCGCUAAUAAAUAUUGUAUUAAAUUGUCAUGAAGGAGUUCUUGUCUAAUAAAUGGACACGUAAAAGUGGCAUCAUCUCUUUCCUCACUCAGACUUCCCUUCUAUCCCUUCAAAGGCUGUGGACCCAGUUCCCGGGACAGGCCUGGGAGGUGGGGGCUGAGCACAGUCCGCGUCCAUGCGCGUGGCCAUGGGAUGGGUGUCGACAGGCAGCUUGGCUGGCUUAGCGGGGCAGGCAAGGUGGAGCAGAAACUCCCACCGUGUAUCCCUCUCGGUAUCUGCUCAUCAGCUUUCAGACAGGUUUUCGAAUGCGUGUAAAAGUUGGAGAAUGCCUGGGCCAAAUGCCAACCCAGCUUCCUCCCAGGCUUCAACUCCAAGGUCCCUUGUGCAACCAGUUUGCAAACCAGGAGGAGUGCCCCAGGUUCUGGCUACCUCAGGGGUGCUGUGGGUUGUUACCGUGACACAUAAGUGAGACAUAAGCUCCCUCAAAGGAGCUCUGGUGACCUGGGCAAAUUCCUGAACCUUCUGAUGGUUUCCUGGACUUGGUGACCCAAGAUUGUGUGAGGAGUGAGGGAGAGCACAUGCAUCAGAUGCUUAGGGGUGCGUGGCAUGCAGCCGGUGUGGAUGUGUCUGCUGAAACACUGAGCUGUCAGGACUCACCAUCGUUAGGACCCGUCUGUGUUGAACAGGACGCUGGACUGUACUACUCUGGGAAGUGUGAGGUGUUUUCAAACACAUACACUCCAAGCACAUAGUCAGUCUGGUUUAAUCCAUUAUGGCUUUUUUCACAUGCAAGAGAAGAACAAAGGUUACAAAUGCCCAAGACAUGGGUCCAGAUCUGGCUCAUUCAUAAGACCUCUUGGGACAGAGGAAAUGCCAUUUAAAAAGCUACUUUUGUGUAAAAAAAAAAAAAAAA